UACUGUAAUGUGUUUAUACUAGUCUUCCUGUCCGUCGCCUGCGUCCUCACUGUGCUGCUCAACCUCCUCAUCAUCAUCUCUAUCUCCCACUUCAGGCAACUCUACACGCCCACCAACCUCCUCCUGCUCUCCCUCGCCAUCUCUGACGUCCUGGUGGGCUUGGCGGGGAUGCCUCUUUUGAUCAUCAUGAGCACAUCCUGCUGGUAUUUUGGUCACAUGGCAUGUAUUCUGUGGAAUUACCUGACUUUCAUUUGUCAGUCUGCCUCAGUAGGAAACAUGGUGCUGAUAUCAGCAGACCGUUUCGCGGCUAUUUGCAAUCCUCUGCAUUAUCCUGUCCAAGUCACUGUGAAAAAAAUUCAACUUUGUGUUUGUCUCUGUUGGUCAGCUUCCGUUAUCUACUGCGCUAUCACUUUCAAGGACAAUUUGGCUGAUCCCGAAUUGUACACCGCAUGCAUUGGAGAAUGUGUUAUCGGUUUCGGUAUGAUCGGAGGCAUUCUGGACAUCAUUGUCAACUUCUUGCUUCCUCUAAGCAUUAUUGUCACACUGAACAUGAGAGUGUUUGUGGUUGUGGUGCAUCAGGCGAAAGCCAUGCGGUCUCUCAAUAAAUGUGUUCAACAUUCUGCCCCUUCCAGAGCCAAGAAAUCGGAGCUGAAGGCCGCCAACACCCUGGGUGUUCUCGUUCUGGUCUUUCUACUGUGUUUCUGUCCUUUUUACAUUGUCCCUCUGCUGGCUAUAAAAUAUGAGAAGAUGAGAUCCGCGGUGAAGUAUGUCUAUUAUUUGUAUAAUUUGAACUCGUGUGUGAACCCCUUGAUAUACGCUACGUUCUACCCCUGGUUUAGAAGAGCUAUUAAGCACAUUGUCACUUUGCAAAUAUUGCAGCCUGGCUCCUGUGACACCAACAUAUUGAAAACUAAACGUGAUCACAUUUGA